UGAUGGCCUGUCGUAAAAGCCCUGCAAGGACAGACGAGGAGGGAGCAGGCGUCGUCGCUACGGCAGCCAAGGAGGAGCCAUGCCACUUCUCGAUCUCCAAGACAAGCUGGGAAUUGACCUUGACAGAUGGUUUCUCAUCCAAAGUACCAAGCAGCCCCUAAAACUUGCCAGUGUGUGCCACGCUUUUGAAAAGGAGUGGCUGGAGUGUGCUGAUGGUAUCGGACUGACACGUGCGAAGCAGGAGUGCAAGCAGGAGAAGGAAGACCUUUUCGAAUGUAUGAACAUGCACAAAAUGAUGAAGCGCCUGGUGGCUAUCACUACACAGAGAAAGAAGCUGAUGAAGGAAGGGAAAUACACCCCACCUGACUACCACACUGGCAAACCAGAAACCACGCCUUGAACUACUGCUGUUGAUGACCCUGCAGGCAGCAGAGUAGGAAGCCAUUCACAGCCCCUCUGCAACACUUUGUUUUUUACAAGCUUUGUUUGUGGUUGGGGUAGAACCUAUUGGCUUUAACCAUUUUCCUCUAGCUUCCCAGCACUAGUUGCUUACGGGUAAAGUGAAGCUGGUGUCUGUCCCUGACUUGAAUAAAAUCCCCUCUUUGGGUCUUGA